AUGGCUGAAAUAGCAUCUUCUUCCUCCCCCAAAUCUAUAAUAGAAUUACCCGUAACAGCAUCAACAACUAAUCCCGUAAUCACCACCAUGACUUCUCCUCCUCCUAAUAACAACAACAACAAUACAAUUGACAUUCCUCAAAUCCAAUCUCAGUCUCAACAACAACAACAACAAAUGCAACAACAAUUGACGCAAUCUCAACAACAGCAGCAACAGAAUAAUUCUAGUACUAGUAACAACAACUUAAUGUCGAUGCAGAGAUCACCUUCAAUGUCCAGGUUGACUCAAUUGCAAAUGCAACAACAACAAUUAGGUUUGAUGAGACAACAAUCAGGGGGAGGGCUUUAUGGUCAAAUGAAUUUUGGAGCAGCAGGAGGUACUUCACUCCAGCAACAACAACAACAAUUGCAACAACAGCAGAAUCAACAAUUAAGUGGACAGAAUCAACAACAACAGCAGCAAAUAGGUGGUGGCCAGAUGAGUAGUGGAAAUUUAAAUAGGGCUGCUUUAUUGGGACAGACUGGUCAUUUGCCUAUGUUAUCUGGACAAGCUGCUGCUGUUGCUCAGUACAAUUUGCAAUCUCAAUUUCACAAUUCGCCACGGCAGAAGGCAGGUCUAAUGCAGGGGAAUCAGUUUCAUACAGGGAAUUCCCAUGGCCAGUCCUUACAGGGCAUACGAGCAAUGGGAAUGAUGGGAUCUCUCAACAUGAGCACUCAGUUAAGGGCAAACGGGGCCCUGGCAUAUGCACAGCAACAAAGGAUGAAUCAAGAUCAGUUGAGGCAGCAGUUGUCCCAGCAAAAUCCUCUCACGUCUACUCAGGUGCCAAUCUUGAAACAUGCUAGUAAUAUAUGCUUGUUGUUAAAAACUAACCGUCUCAUUUAUUCUGCUGAAUUUUCCACUUGACACCGUGGUAAAAGG